UGCCGCUGCCGCUGCCCGCGCCGUUGCAUUGCACUGCAAUCGCGCUCCACUCCAAGCGCGGCGCACCCCCCUUUCGCCAACGUUUUGGCCCUUUAACCUCUGCAGCCGUCGCGCUCCUCUCAACCCUCCCGACACACACAGCCCCCCUGCAACGUCGACAUGGCUCCCGCUGUCCCACGGUUACGCAUUCUCUCAGUGGGCGGUAAUGCCGUCUCAGCCUUCCUAUCAUGGCGACUUCAAGCGACAAACGCCUGCGACGUCACCCUCGUCUGGAAAUCGGGAUACGAGAGCGUCGCUCAAUACGGCAUCACAUUCAAAUCCUCGCUCUACGGCAACGAGCGGUUCAAGCCCCAUGCCGUCGUGCGCACACCCGAAGAUGCCGCCCAUUCUUCCAAGCAGCCUUUCGAUUAUGUCGUCCUCUGUGUCAAAGCUCUUCCCGAUGUAUACGAUAUCGCCAACAUCAUCGAGUCGGUCGUUUCUCCUCAGCACACGUGCAUCCUUAUGAACACAACACAUAGUCUCGGCGUCGAAUCAUACCUCGAGCAGCGUUUCCCAACGAAUGUGGUGCUUUCAUUGGUAUCCGGAGCAGAGAUUUCACAGCUGGGAGCUAGCGAGUUUGAGCACAAGGGCGCAACAGACGUCUGGGUCGGCCCUGCCAACAAGAAUGCCAACAUCCCCCCUCAGAUCCAGUCAGACAUGGCCGAAGCUCUGUCCAUGACAUUGAACUCGGGCCAGGUCCACUGCAAGGUCUCCCACAACAUACGACAGCAGCAGUACGAGCGAAUGAUAGGGCCAAUUGCUUUCCACCCCGCCAGCGUUGUGUUUGAGACACCCAACCAUGCCGAACUAAUAGAAAAGGUUGGCGUGAAACCUUUGGUCAAUGGAGUGCUGGACGAGAUGCUUGCCCUCGCAAAGGCCUCCGACUGCUCGUUUCCCGCCGACUUCCGGGAAAAAACGUUCCAAGACAUGAUUCGUCCCCAGGAGCACAACAGCACCAUGUGGAUGGACUUUGAGGCUAAGCGCCCUAUGGAGAUUGAGACAUAUCUCGGUGCUCCCUUGAAGCUUGCACAAGAAGCCGGUGUCGCCGUGCCCCGGAUUGAAACGCUGUAUGCAACGCUUCAUCAUAUCAACAUUACCAACCGAAACCGCCCUGCAGCGCCCGCAGUGGCCCCUAACCAACCCCCUCAGAACGGCAUGCAACCGCCACCCAGGAUGUCUUCGGCUCCCAUGCCACGAGGACCCCCUUCUCAGGCCGCCAUGAUGAAUGGAAACGGUCCUGUCAAGGGCGGUCCUCGCCCAGACAGCCGUGCCCCAUCGGUCAACGGCGGUCCCCCAAUGAUGCGUCGUGGACCGCCCCCAGGCCCCAAUGGCUAUCCCCCACGGAUGAACGGAGGCCCAAACGGCCAGCGACGCUCGUCGCUUGAAGAGAAUGGAAACCUGGAAGAGUUUUCGCAUCUUAUGCUUUACGACGACAUGGUACCCGAUGGCCCCAACGGCGGUCCUUACGAGAGCGCAGGCAACUCCUCUAACAACGUGUCGCUUCGCGAAAGAGAACUGAUGCUGAGGCAGAGGGAACUGCAGAUUCGAGAGCAGGAGAUGAACAUGCGACGCGCGCCUGGUGGACCUGUGGGCCGCGGUGGAGGAGGAGGAGGUGGUGGAGGUGGUCCUAUGAGGCCCGCCAUGGGGCCUGGACCUGGCAUGGGGCGAGGAAGGCCCCCGCCACCAGCCUCAAUGGCCGGCUUCGAUGACGACGAUGACGGCGAAGACUUUUUCGAUCCCAUGGGCGGACGCGCGCCCAUGAUUGACCCGGACAACUUUGACAUGAUGAGCGUAACGUCUCGCCGCAACCGAUCAGCACCCAGUGCUAAGCAGAUUCGCCAGAACCCCGAGGGUGCAGGCUACGGCCCUGCUCCCAACCGUGGCCCGAGGAAUCCCUUUUCACGUCCAGGAAUGAGCAAGAAUCGGAGUAGUGCCCGGAUGAUGGCCGAUGUUCCAGGUCUUCACGACUCCAUCAUGAACAACCCACUCAUGGGCUACUCGUCGGACCGCUACGGACAUGUUGAUCGCGGUGCCAUAGGCGCACAGUCGAGGACCAACUCAUUGACCUCAGCUCGUCUGGAUGAGAUUUCAGGCGGCGCAGGAUACGGUGUUUACCCUACGCCCAACGGUCGCCGAGUCAGCCAGUCGCCGGGCAACCCCAUGAGCCCCGGCGGCGGCAGGCCUGGCGGCCGACCAUCACCGCCCAACGGGUUUCCUCCCAACGGCAUGUCACCCAAUGGGCGACCGUCGCCUCCAGGUAUGGCACAGCCCCGACACCCCGGCCUGGAAAACGCAGGAGCACCACAACAGGUUGAACAGCACGCUGGGGUGAGCAAUCUCUACCCGCCCAAGUCUCGUCCCCAAGUUCGAAGUCUGACUGGAAGCGCUUCCAACAGUAGCGCCGCUUUAGAUUCUGAAAACUCUGCGCACAGCAGUCAAAGCAGCCUAGGACCCCGACCCCCCGUCGGCGUGCGGUAAUGGGGCAUGUCAUGUUCGACUUUUGAUUUGGUAGCGAUGAGUUUUUGAGUAUGUUGGCAUGUUGGGUGGGCACCGUUUUCAGCUUUGGCGACCAUGGCGAAAUCAUCUACUGCUUCUCUCUCGAUGGACACAUGCUUUCUCCUUGGACGGCAUGUAGCGACACACUCUAGGCGACUCUUUCGACUUUUUUUUCUCUUCUUCUUCUUUUCAUCUUGUUCCUCUUCUUCUUCUUUUCAUCUUGUUCCUCUUCUUCUUCUACAGCAACAACAACAACAACUACUACACCUACUUCAACAACAACAAGCAAGACGUACACGCACCACACCAUCACUAGCCGGGCGAGGGACCAAGCAUGAGAGGCCCGUCGAGGGGGGUCGGGGCAGCUUCAUGAACAAGCCGGGGCUUUGUCCCCACCAGGCGGAUAUUUAAUGACGAAUAGAUUCGGGUUGGGAAAGGGGCACACACACAC